UACUGUAGACUUUGCGAGCGACUUUUCUUUGUAGAAGGCGUGUUCGGAGUCGGAGCAGACUGGCUUCCCUUUCUUUGCUCAGAUGUUAGGCCUUGUAUUGUUUCCAUUGUCUGGGCUGCCCAGUGCAACGUCUGAAGGAAACUUGUUCUCCAGGCCUACUUUGGCUUUAAUGGGAAUGGUCUCCAUAUCUCAAAAGCUAGCAUUUACUGCAGGCUCCGCACAGUUCGGUCGACCUUGCACAUAGAAUUCUGUACAAUGAUAAAACUCGUACUGAGGAGACGGAUGGCUUUGCGAUCUAAUCAGCUUUGUCUCACUACAAGCGAAAUUCAAUAGGAAUUUAGAUUUAAGCGAUGUGAAGUUUUUCCUGUGAUAAUUGUUAGCAGCUUUAAUGGCAGAUUACCGAAGCCCACUUUUUCCUUAACACUUCCCUGUCUAGAAGGUUCAAAUGUCUACACUUUAUAUUGUAUAUGGGAGUGGUGUUGUAUUGUGGGUGAUUUUGUAGGUUAGUUUUAAAACGCAAAAAAACCUCGCACAACUAUCGUUGAAGUGCUUUUGUUCAAAAUCUGAUUUGAGGACAUUCAGGCAACCUCUGGGAUUUCAUAAUUUCCGAGCGGUUUUCCUUUUGCUUGUCGUGGCAAAUGUUUAAAACUUCUGAAAAUAAUUUCAGACUUGCAGAAGGACUACUUCGUCGAAAUAGUAAUUUUGUCGCUCCAACAAAAGUCCAUGGGUCUGUCUAAUGUGUUCAAGUGUUCACUGUGGAAGGUAUGUGAAUGGACAUGCCAAGAAACACUAUGAAGAUGCUCAAAUUAAUUCCAACAACAUUAAAAAGUCAGAAAAGCAUGAAAAAGAGAAGUUGCAGCAUGCAGUGUGUAUGGAUUGCAGCAGUUACAGCACCUAUUGUUACAGAUGUGAUGAUUUUGUGGUGAAUGAUACCAAGAUGGGCCUGGUUCAGAGGGUCAGAGAGCAUCUACAGAACUUGGAGAAUUCAGCAUUUUCAGCAGACAGACACCGCAAAAGAAAAUUGAUGGAAAGUUCAUCUAUGAACAACAAGUAUGUGAAGCUCAAUGGAGGAACCACUGCCAUUUGCGCCACAGGACUUCGGAAUCUUGGGAACACCUGUUUUAUGAAUGCUAUCCUCCAGUCACUCAGCAACAUUCAGCAAUUCUGCUGUUAUUUCAAGGAGCUUCCAGCAGUGGAGUUGCGCAGUGGUAAAACUGCAGGUAGAAGGACCUAUCACACCAGGAGCCAAGGAGAUAACAGUGUCUCCCUAGUUGAAGAGUUCCGGAAAACUCUCUGCGCUUUAUGGCAAGGAAGCCAAACUGCAUUCUGUCCUGAAUCUCUCUUCUAUGUAAUUUGGAAAAUCAUGCCGAAUUUCAGAGGAUAUCAGCAGCAAGAUGCUCAUGAAUUUAUGCGAUACUUGUUAGACCAUCUCCACUUAGAGCUUCAGCGGAGCUACAACGGUAUGACAACUUCAUUUAUCUCACCAGACAGCUCGAGCAUCUCUUCAUCCAGUAAAUGCUGCAUAAAUGGUGUUUCAACAGUUGUUACUAACAUAUUUGGAGGAAUACUUCAGAAUGAAGUAAACUGUCUAAUUUGUGGGACCGAAUCCAGAAAGUUUGAUCCAUUCCUUGAUCUUUCAUUAGAUAUCCCAAGUCAGUUCAGAAACAAAAGAUCCAAGAACCAGGACAAUGGACCAGUAUGUACCCUACGUGAUUGCCUACGCAGUUUCACAGACUUGGAGGAGCUGGAUGAAACUGAGCUCUAUAUGUGCCACAAAUGUAAAAAGCGACAGAAGAGCACCAAAAAAUUUUGGAUUCAAAAGUUGCCAAAGGUGUUAUGCUUGCAUCUGAAAAGAUUUCAUUGGACAGCUUAUCUGCGAAAUAAGAUAGAUACAUAUGUAGAAUUCCCUCUGCGAGGCCUAGACAUGAAGUGCUUCUUAUUGGAGCCUGAGAACAGUGGUCCAGAAAGUUGCCUGUAUGACCUUGCAGCUGUGGUGGUGCAUCAUGGUUCAGGAGUUGGCUCGGGUCAUUACACUGCAUAUGCAACUCAUGAAGGGCGUUGGUUCCACUUCAAUGACAGUACUGUUACAUUGACUGAGGAAGAAACUGUAGUGAAGGCCAAGGCCUACAUCUUGUUCUAUGUGGAACGCCAGACCAAAUCGGGAUCAGGCACCAAACUUUAAUGCAUCCCAUCUUUUUAUAUAUACAAGUGUUUCCUAACAUAUAUGCUGAAUUGGAUCGCACACAAACAGUUCCACGUUUCCACAAGUACUUGAUAGCUCAAGACUAUUUUCAUCUUGCACUUUUAAAUCGCUGAUGAGAAUUCUGUUUAUUGCACCAUUACUAGUGUCGAUAAAGUAAUCGAGGAGACCUGAUCUAAUUUUAGCCUAUCACAGAAUAUUUUUGAAUCUGUAAUGGCUGCUCUUGAUCAAGAAUUUAGUAGCUGGGUUGACAUUGAGAUUCAAUAUUUUGAAAUGACCUCUGUACUGUAAAUUGUGAAAUAGCAUUGGCUGGCUUCAAGGUGCAUUUACAUCGGUGUUUCUUCAAAUCUUUUACACUACAUCUUAGUCUGCAAUUCCUCAAUUGAUACAAGAUUCAGGAGUCGUCUUUGUUUCAGCAGUCAAUCUCCCAGUGGCGUACUGAGUGAUUAAACAUUUCAGUUUAGAGUGUCCACAUGAGACCAAUAAAGUGCUGAUGUAAGUGCUUAAAAUGAUUGUACGCACAUAAAACUGGUUGAGGGUGCUUAAACAAAUUACUGUUGUUCCCUUCUCUCCGGCAAACAAGUAUAUUACUGUGUAUAUCCAGAAAUAUGCAGUUCAGUAUUAUGAGGUGCAUGGAGUGUAAAUGCACCUUGACUCUGCAUUGCUAUAACUCCCUGUAAUACUCUUGUACCUGCCCAAGAAUUUUUUUAAUGGAAAUAGACCAUUCUGUCUGUAAUUGUUUUUUUUUGUUGCCAUUUCUCUUGUGAUCACUUGUAAACACUGGUAACUCAGAACAAAGGGUUUCUGCCUCACAUUCACCUGUACUACACAAUUCCAUUUGUGUUUUUACAUUUUAAUUUAGGAAUUCGACUCUGGCUUUUUAAAAAAAAAAUUCUCAUUUUCUUGAGGCAUUGCCAGACACUUUUGCAUCUUUCAGAAAGCAAAAACAAUUUUAAAAACAGAAUGAUGGUGCAAAAAAUAAAAUGAACUGCUGGGUUUAAAAAAAAAAAUGGACUCCUCUAUCCCAAUACUUUGCUGGGCAGAGUAGGGUUUAUGUAUAGCUGUCUGCAUCACACAGUGCCAAUGAAUGGCUAUGAUUUGAUUGGAUGUAGGGUGGUAAAUAUGGCUUAUAAUUUGCAAUGUCACCUGAUUAAGAGAGACAAAUUAAACAUGCUGGGUUUUACAUAUGGGGGAACUAGGGAGGGCUGUAUCUUUGAAAAAAUUGUGUCUGACCAUUUAUUGUAUGCGGUGUACAACAUGAAACAGGUUUACAGCUAUCGGAAGAGUCUUUUAUUCAUAUAUAAAAUGGUAUGAUUAUAUUUUCGUACCAGAAUAAAGUCCUUUUUACUUAUCAAAGACACUUUUUCUCAUAAAUUCCGUUAUAGUGGUGGUUUUGGAACUGAAUGUUUUAAUCACAUAAUGAGAUGAAGUGAUGUACUUGCAUGUGGAUGUACUGUACCAGGCAGCAGCAGAAGAAAUUGCAGUUCAGAGGUUUUUAGCAUGAGACUCCUGUCUCUUAAAUGUGAAAACAUGCACAUCCUAAACUUGAAUCUGAAUUAUUAGAACUGUACAAGCUUAUUUAAAAACGUUAAAUUGUUUUGAUCGCAAAACAUGAACUGACACAGUAACAAGAAGGUCAAAUGGCAUUUAUUCAAUUUAAUCCCCACAAAAAAAAAGUCCUAUUGUAUAUGUACUACUAUGGCUGCUUAUAAUGAUGGUAUGUAUAUUAGUAAAUGUUCAUGUACUGUUUCACUGAUAGUAAAGUGCAAUGUUAAUGA